AGUAAAAUCAACCAACUAGCAGCUUGCGCAUAAACUGAAACACAAAAACGACAGCAAUUAUACAAACCCUCCCUGCAACAUAGUGGGAGAAGAAAGAAAGAAAGAGGAGAGAGAAAAUGUGGGAUUCCAUUCUUAUGGAAUCACCAUCAACCCAGAAAAAUAAAUUUAAAUUAAAUUAUUAUUCCCACCCCAACAAAUAACCCAUUUAUCAUUUUUAUUAUUUUACCUCCAUAAAUAUAUUUAUUUUAUUUUUAACUUUGGUGACAGAUUUAUCUAAUCAAAAAAAUCCCAUCUCUAUCAUCAUUUUUGUAAGGAAGAGAAUACAAGAAGAGGAAGAAGAGAGGAGGAAGGAGGAGAGAGAAAAUAAGUAAAAAAAGUUGAGAAGUCAUUUUGAUUGAUUAUGUCCGAAGCAGCAACAUCAUCACCAGUUGAAGAAGGAAAUCAGACGGCGGCGGCGGGGGUUAAACCUUUUCAUCAUCAUCUUCUUCCAAGAACUCGGGAGCUACAAUUUCAGCAGCAGCAACAGCAACAGCAACAGCAAUAUCAUCAUACUGCGAUUCUUGACCCCUGUUCUUCAACUUUCAUGGACCUUGAUUUUGGGGAUCUAGAUGCUUCUUGGUCGUUUGAUCAGAUCCCUACUUCGCCGCUUUUAGUUCCUAACUCUGACCAGCCUUUUUCUCCGCUUUGGGCUUUCGCCGACGGUGGAGCUGCCGCCGUUAACUUUUCCGACGACCGGAAUCUUCCCGGAAUCCGGAUUCCUGCUGACCUUGCUCGGUUUACUCCCUGUAAUCCAGAACCUGUGGGUGAAAAUGGAGGGAACGAGGGUGGCGGUGAUGAUGAUGAUAAGAAGAAGAUUCCAGCUCCAGUUAUGGGGUUUACACCAUUGGAUAACUUUGAUGUAUCCUUUAUAGUCAAAGAGAGGAUGACACAGGCAUUAAGGUACUUCAAAGAAUCAACAGAACAAAACCAGAUUUUAGCUCAAAUUUGGGCACCUGUAAAGAGUGGGAACCAUUAUGUGUUAACAACUUCAGGGCAACCCUUUGUUCUAGGUCCACACAGUAAUGGGUUGAAUCAGUAUAGGACUGUUUCUUUGAUGUAUAUGUUCUCUAUUGAUGGCGAGAGCGUAUCAACUCUCGGUUUACCUGGCCGUGUUUUUAGACAGAAGUUGCCGGAAUGGACACCAAAUGUGCAGUAUUACACCAGCAAAGAGUAUCCAAGGGUUAACCAUGCCAAGCAUUAUAAUGUCAGAGGUACCUUGGCUUUGCCUGUCCUUGAACCUUCAGGGCAGUCUUGUGUGGGUGUGCUUGAGCUUAUAAUGACUUCCCAGAAGAUCAACUAUGCUCCUGAGGUUGAUAAAGUCUGCAAAGCUCUUGAGGCAGUAAAUCUGAAAAGCUCAGAGAUACUAGAUCAUCCCAAUAUCCAGAUAUGCAAUGAAGGCCGCCAAAACGCUCUUGCGGAAAUCUUGGAAGUAUUCACAGAGGUAUGUGAAACUUAUAAAAUACCUCUGGCACAGACUUGGGUUCCGUGCAGGCAUAGGAGCGUUCUAGCCUACGGUGGCGGUCUGAAGAAAAGUUGUUCCAGCUUUGAUGGAAGUUGUAUGGGACAAGUAUGCAUGUCCACCACUGAUGUCGCAUUCUAUGUUGUAGAUGCUCAUAUGUGGGGCUUCCGAGAGGCCUGUGCUGAGCAUCAUCUUCAGAAAGGGCAGGGUGUUGCUGGCAGGUCAUUUUCGUCCCAUGGUUUGAGUUUUUGCAGAGAUAUUUCAAGGUUUUGUAAAAUUGAGUACCCGUUAGUGCACUAUGCUCGUAUGUUUGGGUUAACGGGCAGUUUUGCUAUCUGUUUAAGGAGUAAGCAUACAGGGGAUGAUGAUUAUGUUCUUGAGUUCUUCCUCCCUCUAAACUUAAGAGAUAGUGCAGAACAGCUUAAGUUGGUUGAUUCUAUAUUGGGAACAAUGAAACAGGAUCUUCAGAAUUUAAUGGUUGCUUCUGGGAGAACAUUGGAAGAGGAAAAGAAAUAUAUGGAAAUCAUUGAAGUUUCUGGGGAUGAGAAUCUUGACCUACAAGGUGAACCUAAUUUGUCGACUAGACCUUUAUCAGAUACAAUAAAUGGUGUACUACCACCGAUAAGGAAUUCACAGCCUCAGUUGGGGGAACCAGAUGCUAGAAAUGCAGGAAAGAGUGUUAUAGGUGGGAGCCUGAAUGGAAUCUCUACAACAGAAAAUAAAGAGAUCAAGAAAACCGGGGAAAGAAAACGUGGGAAAGCUGAAAAACAAAUUAGCUUGGAUGUUCUUCAACAGUAUUUUGCCGGGAGUCUUAAAGAUGCUGCAAAAAGUCUCGGAGUGUGUCCAACAACUAUGAAGCGCAUCUGCAGGCAGCAUGGCAUAUCACGUUGGCCAUCUCGCAAGAUUAACAAAGUAAAUCGCUCCCUUACAAAGCUCAAGCGUGUUAUUGAAUCUGUCCAAGGUACGGAUGGAACAUUUAGCUUGACUUCCCUAGCUCAACCUACUAUCCCUGUUCCUGUCGGGUCUAUUAGUUGGCCUCAUGGCGUGAAUGGAACUUAUCAGCAACAAUCUCCGACCUCUAAACCUACUGAACUUCCGGAUGAAAGGAGUGAGAUGCCACAACGUAGUCAAAGAGUAGAUAAGCAGACCGAAUCAAGUCAUGAAGAAAGAACUCAUGAGCAAAACGGGUUUGUGUCAAAACCCGGGAGUGGGUCCCGGGAAGUAAGUGCAGGGACAUCAACUUCUCAUGGAUCGUGUCACGGAAGCCCUGGAACCGAAAGCAAGCCACCAAAUGGCCAUUUUAUUCCCAACUUUCAUGAUCAAGCAGGUAAUUCGACAGGGUUAAUAAUGUCUCGACAAAAUGGAGGAGAAUCACAUUUGGUAUCUGGAUUCUCAAUGCCGGAUGCCCUCCUUGGGCCACAUCAUCAUCAUCAAGAAGAAGCAUUUGGGGGCAUGUUGCUUGAGGAUGCAGGAAGUUCAAAAGAUUUAAGAAAUCUUUGUCCUUCAGCUGCCGAGGCAAACGUAGACGAAGUAAUUCCAGAAAACGGGUGGGUAAACCACCCAUGCCCGAACCCGUUUCCUAGAGUAGCUAUGAGUGCUGCUGGUAUGAUGCCCAGAUUUUCAGCUAGACAAGAUAUGAAGACUGUUACCAUAAAGGCCACAUUUAGAGAAGAUAUCAUCAGAUUCAAGUUUUCUUUUAGCUCUAACAUUGUGGAGUUGAAAGAAGAGGUUGCAAAAAGGUUUAAACUCGAAGUGGGUACUUUUGAGAUAAAGUAUUUGGAUGACGAUCACGAGUGGGUGUUGAUAGCUUGUGAUUCCGACCUACAAGAGUGUCUAGAUAUAUCGAAAUCUUCAGGAAGUAAUAUGAUCAGAUUGUUGAUUCAAGAUAUAUUAGGUAAUCUUGGAAGUUCAUGCGAAAGUUCGGGUGAAUGAAAGGGUUUUGAUUGAACAGUUAGAUACUUGCUUAGGAUGUUGUAACCCAUUCUUGUAGUAGUAUUAAGAUGGUGGGCAAGUCAGAAUUUGUAGAUUGGUGUAUCAGUUGGUUGUUCAUGCAAGCUGUAUAUAGUUUGCUGGUAAUAUUUAGGGGUGAGCACAAUGUGGAUGUUGUUCUCUUUUGUUUUCAGCUUUUGCUGAAUUUUGUUCUCAGUUCAUUGUAAUUGUAAACAGAAACAUUUUCAGUUAUAUAACAUGGUUUUUUUCCUGGAAAGUAAAAAAGUAGUUGCUUUCCACUAGGUGUAAUUCAGCUAUUUAACCAGCAAUAAAUGAUUUGUUGUAUAAUUCGGAGUGUAUAUUCUUGUUCCUGAAUAAUAGCAACAAUUUGAUUGUAUUGAUAUAUACUGUAUA